CGUACGAAAAGGUCGCAACUACGGUUGGCUUCGCGUCGAUUCUAUAAAUUUUUUUUUCUCACGCAAACUGUUGAUGAAAAUGGAUUUUUCUUUGAAAGAGUGAAAAUAAAAUUGUGCCAUCAAAGAAGUGCGGAAAUAAGUGAAUGGAUUAUUGAAUUGCAAUUUAAGUGUUAAAGUGAAAAGUUGAACAGAAAUAAACGAAAAUAAAGUUUUAUUUUGCCGGCAGUGCUGGCCGCUUUAACGGGCUAUUUAGCUGCGGUAAGCUUUAAGGCGAUGGUGAACUGUGAACUCAAUGAAGCAAGUAUCUAAAUCCCUACAGCAAAUCAAUGCGCUUUAGCGACUUUAAUAUUCAGCGCAUUUGACUACUGUUGCCUACCAUUAGGCGCUUAGCAUAGCACAACCGCAAUUAGCGCCACCAGCAACAGCGCAUUCUGUCGCGGUUAAUCGCACAGUUCCGGCUGCGUUCGUUCUCGCGCGCGUUGCUUCGUCGCGUCUCGUCAUCGUAAUUACGCCAACAUUGCAAAUCGUUUUAGCGGCGUUUCGUUGUCAGCGUUUUGUUUAUCUCUGACAUCCGUUGCUCGUUAAUUGCUAUGUUUCAUCGUCGGCGGCAGCGGCAGAGCGUCGUUGUCAGUCGUUCAUGCCUGCCGUCUUCUUGUCUUGUUAAUCAAAUCCAUUUUGGGUUUUAAGUGUGUGACAAUUAAUUUUUGCUGUUACCAGCAAGCGUUGCGGCGCAGUAGGCAAGCAUUUAAGCUGUCUAAUUGAAUUGAAGUGUGUACAUUGCGCAAUUGAAGGCAAGUGAACUGGUGUUGGAGUGUGAGUGUGUGUGCUAGCGACAAGCGCUUGAAAACGUACGACUAUGAGACUUCAAUUUGGAGUUUAAAGCGCACUUAAGCGCCUUAAAGUAGGCUACAUUUUUGGAAAAAAGCGCCUUUCGGAUGGAAUAGGUGGCUGAGCGCUGCGUGUAAAGCUGGAUUUUGUAAAAGAAAAUGUCUUGAAGAAGUUAAAGAACUGAAAUUCUGAAAAAUCAAGAAAUAGUUUUUUUUUUUUUUAUCGAAAGCGCGUGUGAGAAGUGUAAAUAUGGAAUUUCCGGACAUGGGCGUCAAUCGCAUGUUUUCUAUACCCAAAGGCUAGCUAGCCACACAAAAAAUUUAAAUUUUUUUUUUAAUUUUCAAGUUUUUUUUUAGAAAAAUUUCUUGAAAAAAUUUUAGUUAUAAAAAAUUGUGGAACUAUGGUAACAAGGUCAUUAUGACUAGCAAAAUAAUAUGCAAAACAUUUCUUAAAAAAUCAUAAAAAAAUUAAAGUUGAAAAACUAAUAACUUAAUUUGGAAUUGUAACAGAAAAGCUAUGAAGAAUUACAAAAUUAAAUACGAACCUGUUUUUAAAAAAUCGUAGAAAAAUUUUACGUGAAAAAUUCAAAACUUAUUAAAAAAUGUGGAAUUGUAACAAAGAAGCUGUAAUUAAACUUAAAAUUAAUGCGAACCUGUUUUCCAAGAAUUGUAAAAAAAUUUCAAGUGAAAAAUUAAAAAUUUAAAAAUUAAUAAAAUACUAAAACAGUGCAAUAACAUGCUUUUCGAAAGUCGUGAAUUUCUUCAAGACAUAAAAAAAAAUUAAAAUUUUUUUUGUUUAAAAAAAAAAUUCUAAAACCGAUAUUUACUUGAAAAAAAAAAUCACCAAAACUUUAUAACAAAAAUUAAAAAUAAGAAAAUGAGUAGUACAUACCUAUUGUUGUGCUAGGAAAAACAUCAAAACAAAUACAAAAAUACAAAGUCCUACUUGAGAGCAUAUUAAAUUACGCAAACACUUAAUACUAACGCAAAACAACGAUUUAUUCAAAAUAAAAAAAGAAAUCUAAAAUAUUCCUCAUUAACAAAAUAUUCAAAAUAAACCUUCAAAAGCCCCACACCAAAAAAUGUUGCUGCUAGGCCUCUUCAGUCACAUCCUAAGCAGUGGCAGAUACAUUACGACACGGCGCUCAAAUGCCAGUCAACACAUGGAUUUACGUGUUAUCUUCAUACUUUUCCUGCUCAAAUGGUCGUAUGCACAAGGCUCACAUCCGCCACGGAUAGUUGAGCAUCCGAUAGAUACGACGGUGCCGCGGCAUGAACCGGCGACACUUAAUUGCAAAGCGGAGGGCUCACCAACGCCCACAAUCCAAUGGUUUAAGGAUGGUGUGCCACUGAAAAUACUGCCAGGCUCCCACAGGAUUACACUGCCGGCAGGUGGUUUGUUUUUUCUCAAGGUUGUAAACUCGCGCCGUGAAACCGAUGCUGGCGUCUAUUGGUGUGAGGCCAAAAAUGAGUUGGGUGUGGCGCGGAGUCGAAAUGCGACAUUACAGGUUGCCGUGCUGCGCGACGAAUUCCGUCUGGAACCACAGAAUACUCGCAUAGCACAGGGUGACACAGCGUUGCUGGAAUGUGCCGCACCGCGCGGCAUACCCGAACCGACGGUCACAUGGAAGAAAGGUGGCCAGAAAUUAGAUUUGGAUAGUACGAAGCGUAUACGCAUAGUCGAUGGCGGUAAUCUGGCCAUACAGGAUGCACGUCAAAGUGACGAGGGUCAAUAUCAGUGCAUUGCCAAGAAUCCUGUGGGCGUACGAGAAUCUGUGUUGGCGACGCUCAAGGUGCACGUGAAACCGUUCAUCAUACGUGGCCCACAUGAUCAAACGGUGCUGGAAGGCUCAUCAGUGACGUUUCCUUGCCGUGUUGGCGGUGAUCCAAUGCCAGAUGUUUUAUGGUUGCGCACAGCAUCCGGCGGAAAUAUGCCAUUGGAUCGCGUGAGCGUCCUAGAAGAUCGCAGCUUGCGUCUAGAACGCGUCACCAUUGCGGACGAAGGCGAGUACAGCUGUGAGGCGGAUAAUGUGGUCGGCGCGAUUUCCGCCUUGGGAACGCUAACAGUUUAUGCACCUCCCAAGUUCAUACAGCGACCGACUAGCAAGUCUAUCGAGCUGGGUGCCGACACUUCGUUUGAAUGCCGCGCAAGUGGCAACCCGCGGCCUACACUCUUCUGGACAAUAAAAAAUAACCGCACGAUUAUAUUUCCUGGCGCGCCGCCACUCGAUCGUUUCCAGAGCUUAAACACCGAGGAGGGCCAUUCCAUAUUGACGCUGACAAAUUUUCAACGCACCGACCGCGAUUUGGUUGUGGUUUGCAAUGCAAUGAAUGAAGUGGCAACUAUAACGGCGCGUGCUCAGCUCACACUCGACUCACAAGAAGACCGACCGCCGCCUAUUAUCAUUGCAGGUCCGGUCAAUCAGACGCUGCCUGUUAAGUCGAUGGCCACGCUUCAAUGCAAGGCUAUUGGUUUGCCAAAUCCAACGAUUUCCUGGUAUCGUGAUGGCAUACCCGUGCAUCCGAAUGCGAAGGUGAACAUCACAGCAGCCGGCGAUUUGAUAAUUUCCGACUUGGACCGCAAAGAGGAUCAGGGUUUGUAUACAUGUGUGGCAAGCAGCCGCACCGGCAAGUCCACGUGGAGUGGCUACUUGCGCAUCGAAGUGCCCACCAAUCCGAAUAUUAAAUUCUAUCGCGCACCCGAACAAACCAAAUGUCCGAAUGCGCCCGGUCAACCCACAGUGCUGAAUGCCUCCGCCAAUGCACUUACCAUUGUCUGGCCGACAAGCUAUAAGGCGGGCGCUUCGCCACUCCUCGGCUACACAGUCGAAAUGUACUCGACGAAUAAGAGUAAGACGUGGAUUCCCAUUGCCGCACGCUUGAGUGAACCCAUUUUCACGGUUGAAGGCCUCAGUAGUGGAGCGGCGUAUAUGUUUAUUGUGCGCGCAGAGAAUGCGCAUGGUUUCUCGCCGCCUAGUCCCAUUUCAGAGCCAAUUACGGCGGGCAAAUUAGUCGGUGCCGGCAGUAGGAUUGGUGGUGGCGCCGCAGGUGGGGGUGGUGGUAUUAGUGGCGGUGCUGGUGGAGGCGCAGGCACAUCCGAACUGCUACUCAAUGAAGCGGAAGCUGUGCUGCAGACAAGCGACAUGGUCGAGCUGUUGGAGGCCAAUGCCACCGAUUCGACAACAGUACGCCUCGCUUGGGACAUUGACAGCGGUCAGUACAUCGAAGGUUUCUACAUUUAUGCGCGUGAAUUACACUCGGCUGAGUACAAAAUGAUGACCAUAUUGAAUGCGGGCAGUGGUGCGACGGCAUGCACCGUAAAUGGAUUGGAGAAGGCGAGCAUGUAUGAGUUUUUUCUUGUGCCAUUUUACAAGAGCAUCGUAGGCAAACCAUCCAAUUCGAAACGUAUACGCACCAUGGAAGAUGUACCCGAGUCACCGCCACACGCAAUGGAGGCCAUACAAUUCAAUCGAACAUCGGUAUUUCUCAAAUGGCGGCCACCCUAUCCGAAUAAGACACGAAAUGGCGUUUUAACCAACUACAAUGUGCUGGUAAAGGGUCUGGACUCACAUAAUACAACACGCAUUUUCAAAAAUAUGACAAUCGAUGCCGGCUCACCAACAUUGUUGUUGGCCAACCUCAGCACUGGUGUUACAUAUUACAUUUCCGUUGCGGCUGCUACAAAGGUGGGCGUGGGCCCAUUCAGCAAGCCAGCCGUAUUGCGUAUGGAUCCACGCACACAAUCGUUGGAUACGGGAUAUACAAGAUAUCCCAUCAAUCGCGACAUUGCCGACGAUUUUCUAACACAGACUUGGUUCAUCAUUUUACUGGGUUCCAUUAUAGCGUUAAUUGUGUUUCUAUUCGGCGCUUUGGUCCUCUUCAAACGCUACCAAUUCAUUAAGCAAACAUCGUUGGGCAGUUUACAUGGCAAUCACGCAAUUGGUGCCGUGCGAAAAUUCCCUACGCUACCUUUGAAUGCGAAUGGCGUCUGGAUCGAUCCGACCGGUGGUGUAUGGCGUCAAGCCAGUAGCUGUACGACAAAGGACCAACUUCCGGAUUACGCACAAGUCACGGGCCAGCAAACGUUGCCAUUACCCGAUUAUGAACGCCUAACACCGCUUAACAUGCCCGAUUAUGCAGAGGUUGCAUGUUCAACAUUCAAAUCGCCGAACGGCGCGCUGGCACACGUAACGCCAAACGGAAAUGCACAUGCCAUACUGCAGCAAACAUCCGGUGGUAAUGGCAACAAUAUGCCAGCGCUCGCUGGCAAUGCGCUCUAUGAUAGCUGUGGCGCGUAUGCAACAACAAAUUUGGUCGCAAAUGCCAAACUCUAUCAGAAUCGCUAUGGCAUCACCGGCACUGCCGCCACCACCACGACGACGACGAUGAAAACGACACCAUUGCCGCCGGCAUCGGCCAAUGGCAAGGCAACACGCCAACUAAACAAUACCGGCAACAGUGGCAGCAACAACAAUAACAAUAGUCCAGCACACAGCAAGCACGAUGACUAUCGCGCUGCUGGCAUGUAUUCUGCGCCACCUAGCGCCCACUACGCUGGACUCAUCGAUUUGGCUGCGGCCAAUCCCUUCAAUGACAAAAUGACCGCCUCCACCGCUUCUACGGCAAUUUUGAGCGCCUCACCAGCGCGCAGCGUCAACAACAAGAAAGUUUCACUCUCCAAUGCGCUCGACGCGAAAAGUCUCUAUGGCGGCAGCUGCGCUGGCAGUCAACAAAAAAUCAACAUUACCGAAAAUAAACUGGAUCUCAUGAGCAAUCAAAGUCGCAUCUCGCCCACACCCACAAAUGGCUCGUCUGCCUCGUCUGGCGCAACCGCGUCCAGCUCCGCGGGCAGUGAUAGUAUUGGCGCGUCGACAAAUACGACAGCGCUUAUGCCGCGCCUGAAUCCCUUCAACACCAACGCCCCCAUCGCCAAUAGCAGCAAUGUCAGCGCUAGCGCUAAUCAACGCCAAUUACAACAACAGCAGCAGCAACAACAGCAGCUACUAGCCGCCAGCAAUGCGCUACGCCAAGGACUUGGCGCCUUUGCCAACACCACUUUGGCCGCGCAGAUGGUAAGCGGUGGUGGCGCGGGCACUUUGCGACGCCAACGACAUCCGAAAAUAUUCAAAAGCGAAAAUAACAUUAACUUUGGCAAUCACUAUGGUAGCGGCAAUGUAAGCGCCAGCAACAAUAAAUCACAGCUGCUCAUCAACCACAUUGGUGGCGGUGGAGGUGGCGGCAGCGGCGGCGGCAAUGUGUUAUCUCUAAGCACCGCAAAGAGCAGCGCCGCACACUUUGACUUUCUCACAGGCGGCGAUGAUGGCGAACUGGCAGGCGGCGGCGGCGGUGUUGACUACACUAACAGCAGCUGCGCUACGGCCAACGACUUUGGCGCUGUACUUAGCACAUCAACGAAUCAACUGCUUAACGAUUGGACUUCCAGCGCCUCCAUAGCCACCGAGAAGCAGUCGCUUGCACACUCACACAUCAGCCACCCACAACCAACCCACCAAUCCCAGCAUCAGCAUCAGCAACAGACAAACUACAAUCACAGCUUUGGCAGCAAGCAGCCAAGUAAGCAACAUUUGUAUGUGAAGGCGAAAGAUGGCUCAUGGUCGGCCGUAUCCUCGGAUGCAUAUCAGUCCUACAAGCAGCAGCAGCAGCAGCAACAGCAAUCGCUUACAUCAGGUGAUAAAUCACAGCAACAGCUAGAAAAACAACAGCAUUCAACUGCAAGUCAUAAUAGUAAUUUUAAUGCUAGCAAUAAUAGUUGUAAUAUGAAUAGUAGUAGUUUGGCAGGCGUAGCUCAGAAAAGCUCGGAUAGUUGCUUGAAUGCAUAUAGCGCCUCGCCGCAGAAGAGUAGCGCCGCUAAGAAUAUUAUUAGUAGUAAUUAUAGUAAUACGCCCGCCGCCCACAACCAAACCGAAACCCAAGCACUCACAGUCACAGUCACAGCCGCCAACAGCACACCCACACACCCGCAAGCUCAAGCGCAAGCGCAGCAAAGCAUAACUGCUACAACAACAACAUAUUUUAGUAGCUUCGGACCAAGCGAUAGGGUAUAAGGUCUCAAUUAAUUGUAAUUCUCACUCGGCUCAUGAAAAAGUGCUUUGGUAAGUAGCGCUUGCUUUUCUAGGCAGAUAGCGAGUCACUGGGAAACUAUCGCAGUGCUAAUAAGAUUGGAGCAUUAAGCAACCGUAAGCUAAACUACGUUAAGUAAUUAACUGCUAAGAGAGAUUACUGUACCAUACAAAUAUGCAAAAUAUUAUAUUUAGUGAAAAAUAUGUAGUGACUAGCCCAGGCAAAGCAAAGAAUACGUACAGAAUAACGACUUAGCUAAACACUAAAGAAGAACAGUAUGCUGGGUAUGUAUAGCUGAAUAUAGAUACUUGAUGGUGUUUUGGUGUUAAAAUCGUUAUAUCCAGAGAUUCAAAGGAAACAUAGUUUAUGGAAGAUAUAUGCAUGGACUUUGUAGAAUAUUCUUACGCAUAAGGUAACGGCUAAAUUCGUCGAUCGAGUGGAAGCAAUGAGAAAACUCAUGAAAAAUUAAGAAACGUGAUUUUCAGCAUAUUCAAAGAUUUUAUGUGUUCUUAUAGCUCAUAUAUAACGAAAUAAUAUUUAUCCCAAGGAUUUUUGUAAUAAAAUUUUUAGCGUAAGAUCUAUAAACUUCGAUAGCCUAAAGGCGAAAUUUCUAACAGUUUUUCACUCAACAAAGCUAAACUCUUUUCAAAGAUCACGCUAACUAUCCCAAAUGCUACCAACCUAAACAAAAGAUCUUGUUAAUAUGCAAACAUUAAUCGUCAUAGUAUUUCAAUUUGUCCCUGGAUCUAGUUAAGAGCUUUUCAUAGCGGUUCAUAUUUUUGACAUGAACUUCGAACGUUCAUUAAGGACAUCAAAAUAUAAGAUGGUCAAGCAUAUACAGCCUUCUUUGUUAUUAAGCUUGAGCCCUUGGAACCGAAUAGAGUCCUCAAAUCGUAAGUCCACGAUUAUCUACUUAGUAUCUUUGAGCGAUAUCUGUGGUUAAAGUUGUUUCUUUACAUACUUCAGCGCUUGUUGUUACAGGUAAGUGCUAGGAAUAUUCUAAAAAUUACGAGCAGUAGAUCGAGCUGCACUUUAGUAAUUGCCUUGUUUUUACCGAAGCGAAACAGUUGGUUUAUGGAAGUUAUAUAGUUCAAGAUCCUCGAUAAACUACAUUCAACAAUAACGAUACCCAAAAGCUGUACUCAGGUGCAGAUUUAUGAUGUCUUUCUCCUUCUUAUUCUACGAGUGCUUAUCAACCAAACUGGUGGUACCCAUAGUCUGAUUAAAAACAGAAGCUUAUAUCAUCUUAGCCCAAUCGCUCACCAUCUGCUUCAAAGUCUCCUUAUUCGUUACGCAUCACCCACUAAGGUAGGCGAAAGAACUUCUAGGAGUCUAGGAAGCCAGAGAACUAAUCACACUCCACAAGACUAAUUUGAGAUUUAUUACAGGACUGCUAACAAGUCACUGCAGGCCGCGGGCCCAUAUGCAUACCCUAGGGAUUAGCGCAGACGACUGCUACCGCUACUGCGACAGGGUACCAGAAACCUCACGGCAUCUCCUCUUAGAUUGUGUUAAGGUGGCGAGAGGAAGGAACACUCUUGGGAAGGCUGUGGCCGGAAGCUUCAGACAUUCAUUCUCUACAGCCCUCGAAACUGGUCGGUUUCAUCAGAGCACUAGGGCUUGACGAGGUGUUAUGAUGAGCUCUGAGGGCACACACAAUAGACCUCGGGUCGCAGUGACAAGAUAGCUUGAAAGUUUAUGUUUAUUCAGAGACGAGUGUCUUACCAAACAAAGCUCCCUUUCUUUCUCUUUUGAAACCACUUGUAUAUCCUUUUAUUCGCAGCGCUCCAACAGUCGCAAUGGCCGAGUGAUCAAAGCACUAGCGCAGCGUUUGAGGUUCGAGUUCUCGAGCAGCGGACUUCUUUUCUUUUUUAUUUCUUAUUCUUUUUUUUAUAUUUUU